AAUUUAAAGCAAAAAGCCUCUUUGCCAUUAUAGCUUUGUGCUAUAUAUGGCAGCCUCCUGCUUUGAACUGUGUCAGCACAACUGUCCUAACAUUUCACCCAGGUUUCAUUGUUUCAGGCAAAGAUGGCUUGUUUGUAAUCACAAUGAAAGCGAUGCUGGAUUUAUUUAUAAGCCUUGCCUUUCUGUCAAAGGAGACAAAUAUUGGACUAAGAGUUAUGAGAAUUUCAUGUUGAAUUAAAUACAACAGCCCUGAAAUGGCUGUGCCUUUUGAUUCGUUUCCAGGUGCUGCAGAAAAUGUGUGUUUAGACAAUUAUUCCAUGUAAUGCUUGCAUGAUAAGUUGUGACCUUUUGAGCUAAGGCCUCAAGGUUCAGGCUGGUGAGAGUGCGGGACCAGGUACUCUGAAUUUAAUUCUCUUCAUUGGUCCUACAGAGCCUGAGGUGGUUGAACUUCAGUUCAUACUUCUAGGAGCCCAUUGUCGUUAUAGUUUGUGAAAUACUGCAAUUUCGAAGUGAUGAUCUGUUAUAGAAAAGCAUAUAAAUCAACACCUGUUCUCAGAUACGUCAUCCAGUUGAGUUGAAAUGGGCAAGAAUGUUUCUGUAUGGAAAAGAGGGGGGGAGGGAGGGGUAUUUUGUUGUCUGUGUUUAUAAUGUUAUAUAGGUAGCAGUGAUGAUGCUGUCCCUAGAACAAGGGUUCUCAACCUGUGAGCAGCUCCUUCCCCCACCAAAGCCUAUACCUGCAGUCCUGAAGGGCAUUCAUUAAUAAUUGUUCUCUUGUGAAAUUGGUGUGCACAUUAAUUUCUUUUAAAGGGGAUACAAUCUCGAUUGAGAAGAGUCAUAGCCUAAAAGUGACAUCUCUCAGAUCUAGGAGAAGAGAUGAGGUUUGUUGCAAGUCACAGGACGAAGAUAUUCUCAGAUGGCAAAGGUGCAAUAGGCCUAACGGAGAGGCUCUGUGUCGGGGGUGAAGUAUUGGGAGGAAAUAUGGGGAUCAGCUAGUGGAAGUGUUUCAUGGGUGGGUACUAUAGUAUGAUUACAAGUAUCUUUAAAGACUGUGGGCAACUUCUUGAAGGGAUUCCGCAUCAUGACAGGACUGAUGAGCGGGAAAAGAGAAGGAAAUGCCAUCAAAGAUUCAGCAUUUUGGUGGUAAUGCCACAAAGUGCAAUAUUGGGAAAUAGUUAGGUAUCUUAUAGACUUUGUCUCCUGAAAGCAGGCAGGAACAAGCCACCUCGCUUACUUCACUCUUGGGGUGCUCUGGUGGUGUCUUCCAGGAUUACAAAAAAAAAAAAAAAAAAGACCAAAAAAACCCUAACUUUGUUCCCAUGUCGGAGAAUCUGAGACCCUUUCCACAGAUACCGUAACUUCAGGGUUAUAUGUUAUUGCUAAGGUAGAGGGGGGGAAAAAAUGAAGCCCACAAGGCAUUUAGAGAGACGCAAAUGGACAAUCCUUCCCUCCCCGCCAUUGGUAAACAGGUUGAGAAUCCCUGUUUUAGAGUAUAUAAAGAUAUAUCCAUACUGAACCCACAUGGAGCUCUUUGCUGCCACAGUGGGACUUGUUUUGGCAGUUCACAUUGUAUUAACACAGACAUCCCUACAGCAUACUCCGGUCUGCAGUAUAGGGAAAAUCCUGAUGCAGAGCAGUCAUAAAAUAUGCGUUGUAUUUGAGUAAGUUGGAAAAGAAAAUCCAGUAUCCAUUUGAAAAAGGCCUAAAGUGUAAAAACAGUAGCGCGUGUGACUUUAAACUCUCAUGGUUACCGUUUGCGCAGGUCUUGGUUGAACAAAUGAGUUUUACACCCUUGUAGAAAAGGUAAUUUAAUGUUUUCUUUUUCAGGCUCCUCCAUUGCCAUCCUCCUCAUCUUGACAUUUUUUCAUGGACAUUAAAUGAAAACUUUUCUGAUAUUCAGGAAGUGACCCAGUUCUGCACCACUGAUUUUUGUAGCUAUCCCGUAAGGCUGCUGGCUGAAAGCUGUGUCUAUGCAACCUUCCAAGUGCGGAGUGUCAACCAACUGGACAGGAGAGAGCACUGCCUCCUACUCCAGAACUCAAAACAAAUAAAGCUCAUCCAGCUGUACUUCAAAAAAAUAAUUCCAUGUUUUGUAUAUAUCUGACAAAACUGGCAACAUUAUACAGACUACUGACUUGAAGACCACCUCUUUUGUAUUUCUCUGUUUCUGGGCUGAUGAGUUGGUUUCAUCCAUUUUUCCCCUUCAGAAUUUCCCUUGGAAAAGUACUAGCUUAGCUGGUCAUUUCUUUGUAAGGUAGUUAGAAAUUUUAAGUCUUUCUUUGGGCAACUUUUUUUUUUUUUUUUUUUAAUGUGAAGAGUUAGGUGAUAUAAAUUUUUUUACUGCUUUUAUGUUUUUCUGUCUUGUUUUGAAACCAUGACGGUUACACUUUUUGUUCCUAAAUAAAAUUUAAAACAAUUAACAGCCAAGUCACAAAGAUAAAUGGGUUGCACAUAGACUAAGGAAUAAACUUCAGAUUUGUGAUUUUUGUUUCUAAUCUUGAUGUAAAUUUACACUAUUUAUAAAUACAUAUUUAUUGCUUGAAAAUAUUUGUGAAUGGAAUGCUGUUAUUUUUUCCAGAUUACCUGCCAUUGAAAUUUUAAGGAGUUCUGUAAUUUCAAACACUACUCCUAUUACAUUUUCUAUAUGUAAAUAAAACUGCUUAGCAUUGUACAGAAACUUUUAUUAAAAUUGUUUAAUGUUUAAAGUUUUUCUAUUGUUUGAGUUUUAAAAAGAUUUUAUGUACAGUGCCCAGUUUUUGUUCUCUUUUGAAUCUGAUUAUAUAUAUAUUUUAUAUAUACUCUUGUGCUUGUGUAUAUAUAUAAUAUAUAUAGAAACUCGAAUAUAAAUAUGUGUAUAAAGAUUUAGAGACUAAAUUUUUCUCGUUUUAAGUUUUACAUCUAUGGUAGAUUUGAGGUGUCUACUGUAAAGUAUUGCUUACAAAAGUAUGAUUAUUUUUAAAGAAAUAUAUGGUAUGUAUCCUCAAGACAUAAAAUGACCUUCAGACUGGUUUAUUGUUAAAUUGCACUUUUUGCAAUAACAAACCAAUAAAUAGUUGCUGCCAAAAUGUAGUAGUAGAAAAUAAGUAACGGCUAAACUUUAAAGCUCUUCGAGAAAAUACUGGCUUUGACAGGAAGUUUGGCACUAGUUUUAGAGGAGGAAUGAAAAAGGUGAAUUUGAGUUUGGGUGGGGAUGUUCUCUAGAAUUCAACCAAAUUGCAACUUAUAUAUUACAAUAUGUUCUAUUAACAAUUUAAAAAGUUAAGACUGAAUCAUCUUGGCGUCAUUGUUGACCCCAAAAAGGAUGUUGUUUUGUGGUAUACUAUUGUAUUUUCACAUAUUUUGUAAUACGAAUUCACUGGUAAAUUUUUGAAGCACUAGGUUUAUCUAGGACAAGUUUAUAAUAUAUCAUUGUAACAGUUUGCAGUUUUAAUGAUGGUAUUUAUUUUAAGUUGCUCCUUUCUCAUUAGCUUCUUGAACAUGCAUUAAAUCUAAAUUUCAAAAUGGA